AUAUAAAUAGAAACAUUAUUUGUACUGAAACUUUCACAUUAUAGUUUUACUCUUAAAAAUGUUCGAAUUUUUAAAUAAUACACUAUUGUUUAACAUUUCUUUAAUAAUAAAAUAUUAUCUUAUCGGACCACCUAAACCUUCAUGGGAUUUAAAAUUUUAUCAAAUUUGGGCAAUGAUAAAAUCAAUGUUCGAAAAUACUACUAUGACAAUUGAGCAAAAACAAAGUGCUAGUUUUCGACCUGAUCCUACACCAGCUGGUGUUCACGUUCCCAAUGAUGGAUGGGAAAAAAGAGAAAUUAGGAAAACUAUUUUGUACUUUCAUGGUGGAGCUUAUUAUUUGCGUAAUAAAGAUUCUAGUCGUAAUUUUACUUGUUCUUUAGCAAAAUGGACAAAUGCAAGAGUUUUAGCAAUCAGUUAUCGGCUUGCACCUCAAAAUCCAUUCCCUGCCGCAUUACACGAUGCAUUUGCUGCUUAUUUGUACCUCUUAAAUCCUCCAAAAGAUACGGGAUUAGAACCUUUAAAUCCAAAAAAUAUUGUAUUUGCUGGUAUUAGUGCUGGAGGCGGUUUAAGUUUGGCUCUUGGUCUUGCUAUACGUGAUGCUGGUUUGCCAUCAUGCGCUGGUAUCAGCUGUUGGGGCCCGUGGGUUGACCUUACACAUAGUACUCCUUCAAAUCUAGAUGACGAAUGUGCUGAUUUUAUGCCAAAAUUCAAAGGAAGUAAUAUUAUUCAAGCAAAAUCUCAAGUUCUUAGUGAAUAUAAAGAAAAAACUGCUGCCCUCACAGAAAAGAUUAAGAAACAAAAUCUUGGCCCCAAAAUUUGGCAUGAUUCUUUUGAUAGACCUGAUGGAGUAUUGCAAUUCUAUGCACCUAAUGAAGGUCUAGCAAUUCCAUAUGUUAGUCCAAUGUUAGCUGAAAGCUUAGGAAAUUUGCCUCCUUUAUUAUUGGUUACAGGAGAUGAAGAAAGAAUACGAGAUGAAAUAAUUUAUCUCGCCCAUAGAUCUGCUGAACCAACUAAAUAUAAGGGUCCAUCUUAUAAUGCUGGUAAAUUUGAAAAAUCUCCAUUCCAAACUCCGACAAAUACUACACUCGAAAUAUAUGAAGAAAUGCCUCACGUAUUCCAAAUGAUGGAACAUUUUAGCACUACAAAGUCGUAUGAACGUACAUCUGAAUUCAUAGAUAGAGUGAUAAAUUCUCCUAACGAGCCACUUCCUCCUUCCUCUUAUAAUUAUAUAAGUAUUAAGGGAGAAUUUAAUCCUUUAAAAGAACAUCAUAAAAAGGUUCUUGAUUGGGAAGAAAUUGGUAUUGUACCAAGUGUCACACGAAAUGAAUUCAAUUCUACUACCUCACAUAUAUUGACACCAAAACUUCUUAUAUCCAUCGGAGAAUUACAAUGAAGGAAUCGCUAUUAUAAUUAAGAAAAAGUGCAAGACACUAUAAAAACCUCGCCCCAAAAUAAUGACAAAAAUCACUUAAGUGGCCCCUUACUAAUUUUGGAAGACUAUCCAGGACUCCGACCAAGCUAGGAUAGGAAAAACGAAAUAAAUAACGCACUGGGGAAAAAGAGUAUGAGAAAAAUAAUGGGAAAGAGUGAAAAAAAAUUAAAGCUAAAAAAAACCCGAAGAACUGAACUUACAACUACCCACAAACACCUAACCACCACCUUUAAGUUCACCAGCACACCAACUGUGGUUUCUACAAAAGAAGAAACAGAAGGAGGUCAAAAUUUGUUUCGGAAUGAUGACGGAGCGCCU